UUAUAAAUCGACUUGAGGGAAUUGGCACAAAUAGGCUCCCUUUACUUCCACAAUAUCCAGAACAUAUCUGUAUCAAUGCGACCGAGUUUGGAUUCGAAGAUGAUACCAUUGGGCUCCGCUAUCAUCACAAAAUGCUGACCGACCUCGAAGUAAUCGGCCUUCACACAAUAGUGGACAACGUACGAAUUUAUUUUGACGACCAGCACCCCGACUUUCCCCUCAGUAUUAGAUGGACCGUGGAUACGCCACGUGUCGAUAUUUUAGGCGACUAUAGGAUGGAACUCGGAUUGGGAGACGGUUUCAAUACUUCUCAUGAAGCUCAUGACGCAUCUUUUAAUAUGGAAGAUGGAUUUUUCUUCUUCUUGGCCACGGCGAAGGUCUUCCCACUCGACGAGCCUUUCCGUUUUGACAAUAUAACACUUUCUCUUGGAAAUAAAAAUAUAACUUGGAUUGCGAAUUGGAUCAUUGAAACUAAUGAAUUACCAACUUACGAGGGUCUAUAUGAUCUGGGUCCAGUAAUACAAAAUUUCAUGCAAACCAUCUUGAUCCCUAUUAUCAAAACUGUUACGGGGAUUCUGCCUAGCAUUCUAAACAUUAUUUUUAAGGAUUGUUCUGUGCUAGACCUUGUUCAAAAUCAGACAGCCUGCCUCAACACUGACUUGAGAGAGAUAUUUGGAAGUUUAUCUACGUCGACCUUAAUCCUUACGGAUAAUGAUUUUGGGAAAAAUUUUGUAAAUGAUUGGGGUACUUUUGGCGUCAAUGAAUGUCCAUUUCCCACCGUGCCCACAAUUCCAGAGAUAACGACAACUCCAGUCGACAUCACUACCGAUUCCGCUGUGACCUCCCCAACCACAGGUACGUCGCCCAGCCCUACGGAAACCACAGGUGUGUCGCCCAGCUCCACGGAAGGUCCGUCGCCCAGCUCUACGGGAACGACAGGUGUGUCGCCCAGCUCCACGGAAACCACGUCCCCCGGAGGAGCUCCUCAAUUGCAGCCAACCAUUAUUUCCAGUGCCGUGAUGUUUGUUAUCCUUACAUAUAUCAUCCAUUUACUUUGAGUAAUUUAUUUUUAACAUCGUAAGAAGAGUAAAUUCUUGUCUUACUUAUUUAUUAUUAGAA